CCCCGUGCGCCCCUGCGAGCCAGCCCUCGGUCAUGGGGCUGCAGCCCUUGGAGUUCAGCGACUGCUACCUGGACAGCCCGUGGUUCCGCGAGCGGAUCCGCGCGCACGAAGCGGAGCUCGAGAGGACCAACAAGUUCAUCAAGGAGCUCAUCAAGGACGGCAAGAACCUCAUCGCGGCCACCAAGAGUCUCUCGGCUGCUCAGCGGAAGUUUGCACACUCUCUUCGGGACUUCAAGUUCGAGUUCAUCGGGGAUGCGGAGACGGAUGACGAACGCUGCAUAGAUGCUUCUUUGCGGGAAUUUUCCAACUUCCUGAAGAAUUUGGAAGAGCAGAGGGAAAUCAUGGCCCUGAGUGUCACCGAGACCCUCAUCAAGCCCUUGGAGAAAUUCAGAAAAGAGCAGCUUGGAGUUGUCAAGGAAGAAAAAAAGAAGUUUGACAAAGAGACAGAAAAGAACUACAGCUUGAUUGAUAAGCACUUGAAUUUAUCCGCUAAAAAGAAAGACUCACAUUUACAGGAGGCGGAUGUGCAGGUGGAGCAGAACCGGCAGCACUUUUACGAACUGUCCCUGGAGUAUGUAUGCAAACUCCAGGAAAUCCAGGAACGGAAGAAGUUCGAGUUCGUGGAACCGAUGCUGUCAUUUUUCCAGGGAAUGUUUACCUUCUACCAUCAGGGCCAUGAACUUGCCAAAGACUUCAAUCACUAUAAGAUGGAGCUCCAGAUCAACAUUCAGAAUACGCGGAAUCGGUUCGAGGGCACGCGGUCGGAAGUGGAGGAGCUGAUGAACAAGAUCAGGCAGAACCCCAAGGACCACAAGCGUGCGAGCCAGUUCACUGCCGAGGGUUACCUGUAUGUGCAGGAGAAAAGGCCUGCUCCGUUUGGAUCCAGCUGGGUCAAGCACUAUUGCAUGUACCGGAAAGCAGCCAAGAAGUUCAACAUCAUCCCGUUUGAGCACAGGUCUGGGGGCAAACUCGGCGAUGGUGAGGCCUUCUUCCUUCGAGAGUGCACCAAGAGGCAGGCGGACUCCAUCGACAGGAGGUUCUGUUUUGAUGUGGAGGCUGCUGAUCGGCCCGGUGUGUCCUUGACCAUGCAGGCAUUCUCGGAAGAGGAGAGGAAGCAGUGGCUGGAGGCGCUGGGUGGAAAAGAAGCACUGUACCCCAGAGCCAUCCUCCCGAGGCCCGAAGGAAGUGCACAGUUGGAUAAGAUGGGAUUCACAAUUCUCAGAAAAUGCAUAAGUGCUGUUGAAACACGAGGUAUAAACGACCAAGGAUUGUACAGAGUUGUGGGGGUGAGUUCAAAGGUCCAGAGACUUCUGAGUAUGUUAAUGGAUGUGAAGACAUGUAAUGAGGUGGACCUGGAGAAUUCCGUAGACUGGGAAGUGAAGACAAUAACAAGUGCCCUGAAACAGUAUUUGAGGAGUCUACCAGAACCUCUUAUGACCUACGAGUUACAUGGAGAUUUCAUCAUACCAGCCAAAAGCGGCAGUCCGGAGUCUCGUGUGAACGCUAUCCAUUUCUUGGUCCACAAGCUGCCUGAGAAGAAUAAAGAGAUGUUGGACAUUUUGGUGAAACAUUUGACGAACGUUUCCAAUCACUCCAAGCAGAACCUCAUGACCGUGGCCAACCUGGGAGUGGUGUUCGGCCCUACUCUGAUGAGGCCACAAGAGGAGACUGUGGCAGCCAUCAUGGACUUGAAGUUCCAGAACAUUGUUGUGGAAAUCUUGAUUGAAAACCAUGAAAAGAUAUUUAGAACCCUGCCUGAUGCCACAUUCCCUGAGCCAGUGCCCCCACCAACAUCACCUCCCAACGCUCCUCCCAGGCAGUCGAAGCGACAAGGCCAGAGGACGAAGAGGCCCGUAGCUGUGUAUAAUCUUUGUCUGGAGCUGGAAGAUGGCGACAGUCCUCACCCUUCCAAGGAUGACGCCUUCACCAGCAGUCUGGACUCACUUUCCUCCCCUUCUCCUACAACUACCACCUCCAUCCUAAGUACCCCCGGGUCAGACAAGAACCACCUCACAGACGGGGGCGGCCCAGGGGACUGGGCAUCCACCACUCCCUGCCAGACGCGAUCAUCCAUGGUCCAGUGGCUGAACCCGCAGUCUCCGCACACGCAAAGCAGCAGUCCAGCAGCCACGCCCCUGUUACCCCAGGCCUCACCUGGCCCUGCAGAGAAACCACCAGAAGGCACCAGCACCCGCAAGGCACGAGCUGUAUACCCCUGUGAAGCUGAACACAGCUCUGAGUUGUCUUUUGAAAUUGGGGCGAUUUUUGAGGAUGUGCAAACCUCACGGGAACCUGGCUGGCUCGAGGGGACGCUGAAUGGCAAGAGGGGGCUGAUUCCACAGAACUAUGUCAAGCUGCUGUAGCUCUGAUCAUGUGAAGGCUCUGCACAGACCCUGCAUGGGCUCCACCGGCCUGCUGCCUCCUCCCACCCCUGAGAGUGGGUUAUAUCAUUCUUUGGACACAUGUGGCUCCUAGCUUGGAUUGGCACUUGGGGGCAGAGGACUCCAAGCAGCUGGAAGCUGGUGUCAGAAUGGACAGAUAGAACUUGGUGCUGGCUGAGCUACAAGACCCCUGAUUUGAACUUGCCUGGCCAAGGGAUCAGAACGAGGCCUGUGGGCACCCCAGUUUCCAUGGGACUCCUGAGGACGACUUCUGCUGGUACUGACUACUGGACCUAGCAGUCUUAUCCCAGAUGCUGCCGAGGGUGCUUCCUAUACAGUGCUCUGCAUCCCACAAGGCCCCCACACCGUGGAUAUGAAACCAGCAUGCUCCUCAACUGGUUCUGUCCAACACUGCCUUCUCACCCCGUCUCUGUUCACAAAAUAAACUUUCAUUUGCUA